UAAUAUUUCAAAAAAACUAUUAAAAACGUUAUUAUGGUGGAUAGAUAUAGUUUUUCAUUAACUACAUUUUCACCAAAUGGAAAGCUUGUACAGAUUGAAUAUGCCCUUUCAGCGGUUAAUCAAGGCGUAACAUCUAUUGGUAUUAAGGCCAAAAAUGGGGUUGUUUUAGUGACAGAAAAGAAAAGUCAAUCAUCACUUGUUGAACAGGAUACAAUUGAUAAGGUAUCAUGUAUUACUCCGAGUAUUGGGAUGGUAUAUUCUGGAAUUGGGCCGGAUUUCCGAGUUUUGGUGGAUAAAGCAAGAAAACUUGCACAUUCUAACUAUAAAUUAAUAUAUCAUGAAUAUCCACCAACUCGUAUACUUGUUCAGGAUUUAGCUAAGGUAGUUCAAGAUGCGACGCAAUCGGGUGGUAUACGUCCAUUUGGGGUAUCUAUAUUAGUUGCAGGAUGGGAUAAACAUAAUGGACCGUCUUUGUAUCAGAUUGAUCCGUCGGGUACAUAUUUUCCAUGGAAAGCGACGGCGAUAGGGAAAUCAGCAACGUCAGCAAAGACAUUUCUUGAAAAAAGAUAUAAUGAUCAACUUGAACUUGAAGAUGCUAUACAUAUUGCACUUCUUACUUUAAAAGAAGGGUUUGAAGGAGAGCUUUCGGAAGAUACUAUAGAGAUAGGUGCAGUUGGACCAUCUGUAACAUAUAAUUAUGAACCAGAGGAUACAGAUGAGUCACCAUGUCCUCAAUUUAGAAAAUUGACAAAAACAGAGAUUCUUGAUUAUUUAGAACAAAUCUCAUAAGUUAUAUUUUUAAUAUAAUGUUUUCUUUGUUGUA